AUGAGCCGCUACGACAGCCGUUCCUCCGACCCCACUUCCUACCGCGACCGAAGAACUGACUCUGGCUUAGGUGGUGGUGGAGGAGGUUCUGCUGCUGCGCCUUCGAGUAGAAGAGAUGGGUCAGGUUCUCCUAAGAAGAUUAAUUUGGAUGGGUUGCCUCAUUUUGAGAAAAACUUCUACAAUGAAUCGCCUUCUGUCAGGGCAAUGACUGAGGCUGAAGUUACUGAGUAUCGGCUACGCCGCGAAAUUACUGUUGAAGGCAAAGAUGUUCCUAAACCUGUUAAAUCCUUUUCUGAUGCUGCUUUUCCAGAAUAUGUACUGGAAGAAGUUAAAAAAGCUGGCUUUGUUGAACCUACACCUAUUCAGUCUCAAGGUUGGCCAAUGGCUUUGAAGGGACGUGAUCUAAUAGGAAUUGCAGAGACAGGAUCAGGGAAGACACUUGCUUAUUUGUUGCCUGCCAUAGUGCAUGUUAAUGCUCAGCCAAUUCUAGAUCCUGGGGAUGGUCCUAUUGUGUUAGUUUUGGCUCCAACACGUGAACUUGCCGUCCAAAUUCAACAAGAGGCUACUAAAUUUGGUGCAUCGUCAAGGAUUAAGAGCACAUGCAUAUAUGGUGGGGUUCCUAAAGGGCCUCAAGUACGCGAUCUUCAGAAAGGUGUUGAAAUUAUGAAGCUGAUAGGAUGUUGGACAUGGGGUUUGAUCCUCAAAUACGGAAAAUUGUCUCUCAGAUUCGUCCAGACCGUCAGACUUUGUACUGGAGUGCUACAUGGCCAAAGGAGGGUCGAACAAUUGGCAAGGCAGUUCCUUUACAAUCCAUACAAAGUAAUUAUAGGUUCUGAAGUUUUAAAAGCCAACCAUGCUAUAAAGCAAUAUGUUGACAUUGUUCCUGAAAAGCAAAAAUAUGAUAAAUUGGUGAAGUUGUUGGAGGACAUCAUGGAUGGAAGCAGAAUAUUGAUAUUCAUGGAUACUAAAAAAGGGUGUGAUCAGAUUACUAGGCAGCUCCGCAUGGAUGGGUGGCCGGCACUUUCAAUUCAUGGAGACAAAAGUCAAGCAGAAAGAGAUUGGGUGCUUUCAGAGUUUAAAUCUGGAAAGAGUCCUAUAAUGACUGCAACGGAUGUUGCAGCUCAUGUGAAGGAUGUGAAGUACGUGAUAAAUUAUGACUUCCCGGGAUCACUAGAGGAUUAUGUUCACCGCAUUGGAAGGACUGGGAGAGCUGUUCUGAAUUGGCAGCAAUGGGGCGCGGUUGCACCUCCUCCACCUUCAGGGGGCUUCCGAGACCGUGGGAAGAGUUUUGGCAGCGGUCGCCCAUGGAGCUGA